AUGGCAAAGAUUAUACUUAUCGGGGUCAUUUUGAGCAAGGAAAGGAUUACAGUUAUAGCCGUCAAAAUUGGCAGUUUGGUGAAAAUUAUCAAGGAAAUCGAGGAACGGAUGUUCUUGGAGAUGUGUGGUCGAAGAUUUGAUAAAGCCAAAGAAUACUAUGGUGUUCCUAGUUUAGACAGAGUUGUUAGAGAAGUUUAUUGUAGCCAUGAUUGUGCCGAAAAAUACAAAAGCGACCCUCAUGGAAAAGUUGAAUAUCUACCGCAAACUUGGGAAGAAGUUAAAAAUCAAUUAGCCCAAGUUUUAGCCGAGUUGAAAAAGUUAAAGAAUAAUUCAAGUAAUAAGGAUAGUGAAAAGUUAGAACAACAAAUAGUCCAAAAUGAAAAGUUGAUUAAAGAAGGAGAAAAUCUUUCCGUGGCUGAGGUUCAAGAGCAAGUUAAUAAAUCGCAAGCAUUAAUGAAAGAGUUUAAUAAUGUUUCCGCAACCGAAGAUAAUAAAGUUGGAAAUGGUUCGCUUCCUUAUGUAGUUGGUGGUUCAGUAAUUCUGGCUUCGGCAGGAAUCAUUGGCUACUUCCUGUUGAAAAAGAAUAAGCGAAAAUAA